UUUAUUUAAUUUACAGUACAAAUGUAUUAUAAUGGAAAUGUUCUUUACCCUAUAUCAUGUGCAGCAAGUUACGCAAUCCCUGGCGAUAUUUCAGAUGUAAUGAAAUAAACAAAGAUAAUGAUCCUUCAAUACUUUUCUCAAUGUUUAUUUACAUAUUUUAGGGAUGUAAAUAGGAAUAAAUUUACUGGUCUUUGGUCUAAUUAUUUAAACCGUGUAGUAUUCAAUAGAAACCAGGAUAUCAGGAGAAUAGAUUCAUUAUACAACAAACAUUUCAGGAUUGCCUACAAUGUGUACACUCCAAAAUUUGAUGUUAAAAAUGGAAAACCUGAUUCGGAAACAUAUGAGGGGUAUUAUCUAAAUACAUUUAUAGAUAAGUAUAAGUUGACCACGAACCUGAUAUUUGCGAAUAAUUCCUGGGGUCUCCCUGAUCCAGUUACUAAUACAUGGAAUGGGAUUGUUGGUGUGGUUGGAUACGAUCAAGCAGAAUUCGGUGUAGGUUACAUAUCAUACACUUUUCAAAGAGAGAGUUUUACUCCAUACUCGACUCAUCUUGGUGUUGAAGCAAGUGUCUGGGUUUCAAAGUAUCCAGGAAAGAGAUCACCGGUUGAUAAUAUUGUAAAGGUAUUUGACCGUUAUACCUGGUUUGCUCUUCUUGGAAGCAUAGUUUUGACAAGUUUUGCUCUUCUGGGUAUUGUAAAUACACUUAGAAGCUUGGGAUUUAAACAGCCGGAUAAUAUUCUUGUGCUUCUGACCCCAAUAGCUAUACUUAACGCGGAGCCUAUGCCAGAAUGGUUUCUGUUUUCUAGAACACGAGUGUACUCCGGGAGUAUCUUUAUGCUAACCUAUGCUUUAUUCUCAACAUUGGUCGUCUUUGCUUUCUCAAGCAACCUUAGAGCUAUUCUUCUUUCCCCCUCCUACGAAGUUCCAAUUGAUACUUCUCGCCAAAUUGCAGAAAAUAAAAUGUAUACAGCUGUGAACCCUGGUGCUGCCUGGCAUUAUAAAUAUUUACUUACAUCUUCAGACCCAUACAGAGUUCGGAUGAUGGAGCGCCCACUGUUCAUUAAAGACCAGGAAGAGAGAUGUACUGUCGCUCCUCAAAGGAAAGAUACUGUAUGUUUGGGAGAUAAGGAAAAUGUUUUGAAUUAUGUGAAGAAUAAUCCAAUAUUUCCGAAAAAUCAACCAUUCUUCUACUUCAGCAAGGAGAAAAUCAGACCAUAUUUCUACAGCUGGGUUGUUCAGAAGAAUCUGUUCUGGAGAGAACAUAUUAAUCAACAUAUUCUUAUCUGUCAUCAGGGACUACAGUGAUAACCAGAAAACUCUGAAAUAGGAAGAUGACUUUUAGACUUAAGCUUUGACUUGAAAUAGUCCAAUAAGCAGUGUGCAUUGUACACAGUAAUUGUGCAGUGUAAAUAGGCAUAUUUUUCUUAAUUAGUGAUUUAACAAGUGACUGGUAAAA